AUGGGGAAGCGAGAUAAUCGGGUGGCCUAUAUGAAUCCUAUAGCAAUGGCCAGAUGGAGGGGCCCAUCUCAACCCAUAGGCCCAACGAUACAAGAUUAUCUGAAUCGACCAAGGCCCACCUGGGAAGAAGUGAAGAAAAAAAUAGAAAGUAAAAAGAAAGGCUCCAAGGCAUUAGCAGAAUAUGAAGAAAAGAUGAACGAGAAUUGGAAGAAAGAACUAGAACAAAGCAGAGAGAAAGCAUUAAGUGGAAAUGAGGGUUCAUCCAAAAGAAGAGAAAGAAAGAAAAAGAAAAAGAAGAAAUCUUGUCAGUCUUCAUCUUCUUCAUCAAGCUCUGAUUCUUCAAGCAGUUCUUCAGAUUCUGAGGUUGAGAAAAAGAAACGAGGAAAAAAGAAAAGGAAGAAGAAGAAGAAACAUUCGCACAAAUCAUCAGAAAGCUCUACAUAUGAAUCUGAAUCAGAGAGCAGGGAAUCUGGAAAAAAGAAAAAGAAGUCAAGGGAUGAAACAGAGAAAGAAAAGUGUAUUAGAAGUGUCAGCAAGAAAAGAAAGAAGACUUACCCUGAGGAUAAACCUUUAUUGUCGGAGUCCUCAUCAGAAUCGGAUUAUGAAGAGGAGGUACAAGCCAAAAAGAAGAGAAGACAUGAAGAGGAAGAAAAAACAUUGGAAAAAGCAAAGAAGAAGAAGAAGAAACAUAACAAGAAACAUAGUAAGAAGAAGAAAAAGAAGUCAAGUUAA